AUGGCCCGGAACAAAAACUGCCUUCUGUGGAUGGCCAUUAGGAGAAUUAAGCUCCUUCGUGCUACUCGGCCGACAUCUCAAAAUCAAGACAGCACGACAGUUUUUCACAUCGUCCACACGAACAACGGAAGCUUCGGUUGUGAAGAUUUCAACAGUACUAGUAAUUGUACUACUCCACAAGAAGAGGCUCGUGAUGAUAAUGCUUGUUUGGAUUUCACGUACCGGGAGGACCAUGCCGCCAUCGCCAUUCAAACAUGGUUUAGGGGCCAUCUUGCUAGACGAGGAUAUAGAGCACUAAGAAGCCUAGUGAAGCUACAAGCCGUCGUUCGAGGGGUGGUGGUAAGAAGACAGGCACGAAUAGCCCUACAUUGCAUGCAUGCUCUUGCUCGACUUCAGGUUAUCGUGCAUGCCCGUUGGGCUGCUACUCAUCAACAACUAAUAACGGGCGACUAA